GGAUGUCAGUUUACUCUGAAGCUCGAACGUGAGCACAGGCACCGUUUAACGAGCAGCGUUCCUUUACACACAGUCGUCUCACUUUGCAUAGUUUGUAAAUGAAACGUAUGAAAAAACGAGUUGUUUCCCAAGUGCAUCAGAAUAUAUAAAAAAGAGACAGUUGUGUGAUGUAAAAGUUCACAUGAGCCAUCAACAACCAUGGGAAAAGACUAUCGAGUUGAGAUUGGUUACGUGGGGCUAAAAAGCUAUCACAUGUAAAACAUAAAAUAGUUACAGACUAAAAAGUUGACCACGGUGUUUCCCUGAGUUUUUAGUAUCUCGGGCCAAAGUGACAUUUGACCUGACAAAGAGAAACUUGCGAGAUGGGUGGAGAUUUAUUGUUGUAUUCGUGACGAUUAACAUAGCGGUAGAGGAAGCAGAAAGAAAUUCAAUCAAAAUGAAUAAAUUGUGGAUUCUUGUUUUGGUGGCGGUGUCAACCUCGUCCUGGAUUUUCCAGACGGUUGACUCCUUCAGAAAUGAUUUCAUCCUCCAACAACAACAGCAGCAGUCACCUAGAGCAGGUUGUAUUUGGACAUUGGAAAAUGGUGGGGCGAAUAAUGCGUCAUCCUCCACUGUAAUUCCUGUCACGACGACGACGAAUAGCUUGAUAAAAAAUGGGGGCCCAUCAACUUUUACCCUCGACUGCAAUUUGAGAACGUUAGACUUUUGGAAUUAUACAUUCAACCGCGACCAGGCCGAGCAAACAACUAAACUCGGAAUAAAGUGCAACGACAAACUUUUUUUCGAAUCAGUCCUAACUCCAAAUCAGUCCUUCUUUCGACUCAUAAACCUCAAAGAGAUUCAAAUUGAGGGUUGCAAGAUCCGAAAAAUGCCGGGUAGAAUCUGGGCAAGUCUUGGGUUUCUUAAAAGCUUGGGAUUAAGGAGUCAGAAUAGCGAGUGGUCGUCCUCCGUGGGUCUUGAGAUUGAGACGGGAGCUUUCGAGGGGCUCGGACAACUUGAGAGGCUCGACCUAAGCCAAUCGAACAUUUGGAGCUUACCCAACAAAAAUAUCUUUUGUUCAUUAAGAAGCCUUGUGAAUUUGAAUUUGAGUCGGAAUAGACUCAGUGAUAUUGAGGAAUUAAGUGCGAGUGGUGGGGAUUUGGUGUUGCCAACAAGCGGCGGCGGAAGCAGCAACAAUAAUAAUGCUUAUUGUGCAAUGAGUGUUCAAAAUCUUGACUUAUCAGCAAAUGCCUUGCGUCGGUUGGGUUAUAAUGCUUUCUCUCGCAUGAGAAAACUCGUGGAGCUCAGGCUGCAGAAUAAUGCACAACUUGAGGAAUUAGGAGACGAUGCAUUUGCUGGAUUGACGCAGCUAAAAAUGCUAAAUCUCUCAUCUUGCCGGCUUGUUGCACUUCCACCCACAAUUUUCCAAUCGAAUGUCAACAUCCGGGAAAUUUAUCUACAGAAUAAUACCAUCUCUGCCAUUUCCCCGAGAGUUUUCUCCGGGCUGGAAAACCUACUUUCUCUCGACCUUAGUAGAAACACGUUGACGAGCCAAUGGAUCAAGGAGAACAUAUUCCAAGGUCUGAGUCGACUCGUCAUUUUAAAACUGUCAUCAAACCAAUUGAGUUACAUAGAUGGGAGCAUUUUUAACGACUUGGUCUCUCUGCAAUCUCUCUCACUUGAGAGGAACAAGAUUGACACGAUUCACCCCACAGCCUUCAGCGAGUUACGUAACCUGCAUUUCUUGGACCUGUCGUUCAACAGAUUGUCCCACAUCGAUUCCAGAACUUUCUCCAGUCUGUUUACGAUCCGAUCCCUUUACCUCGAUCACAAUAAAUUGCGAUCAUUAAGCGAAAAUGUGCUCAAGAACUGCAGUCUGAUUAGUGAUUUGGGAUUAGCAGACAAUCUGUUGCAAGAAGUGCCUGAAGCUCUGAAAGGGGCAGGUUUAGGCCACUUGGUGACCCUUGAUCUGGGUGAAAACAGAAUUUCUGUCCUGCAAAACGACUCAUUUUCUGGGCUCGGACAACUUUACGGGUUAAGAAUUGUGGACAACAAGAUUGAAUCCUUGCCACCCGGGUUUUGCUCAUCCAUGAAGUCUCUCCGAGUUUUAAACCUAUCACAGAACAGAAUCCGACAAAUUUCACCGUCUGCAUUUACCUCGUGUCCAGAACUUCGUGUUUUGCGACUUGACACCAACUCCUUGCAAGAACUGCCCCCCACCCUGGCCCCACAAUUACCCUCGCUCUUAUGGCUAAACGUGUCCGAAAAUCAGAUCCGCUGGGCUGACUACCACCUCCUCCCACCAACAACCGAGUGGCUUGACCUCAGCUACAAUUUACUCGAGUCACUCGGUGGCCCUGCAAGUUCAUCCGAGACGCAAUACAGCCUACGUGUCCUGGACGUCUCGUUCAACAGCCGUCUCAGCAGCCUCGACUACACCACGAUUCCACCAACUUUAGAAAUUCUGAAAAUUUCAGACUGCGGUCUUCGCACCGUUGUCUCCGACACGUUCAUUCGAUCCACCCGAAUUCGCAAGGUUUUCUUGCAAAACAACCAAUUGGAGAAAUUGCCCUUAAGUUCUCUCCGCUUCCCACCAGUUCCAAUGGAGAAAUCAUUACCUGAAUUUUACAUUGGAGGCAAUCCCUUUAAAAUGCAUUGUGAAAUGGAAUGGUUGACACGAGUCAAUAAUCAACUCAGCGUUCUGCGAACUCAUCCUCACAUUGUGGAUCUCGACGCGAUUCUCUUGAGGCCCACUUUCUCCAGACCAAAUCAAGUGGUACCACUAAUGGAUACGAGACCGCAGGACUUUCUCUGUUCGUACAAGUCCCAUUGUUUUGCCCUCUGUCACUGCUGUGAAUUUGAAGCGUGCGAUUGCGAAAUGACAUGCCCCGACAAUUGUACCUGUUAUCAUGACACGGCAUGGAGCGCUAACAUCGUGGACUGUUCCAACUCCAACUUUCACGACAUACCCAAAAAGAUACCUAUGGAUAGCUCAGAACUUUAUUUGGAUGGGAACAAUAUGACCCAACUGGGAAGCCACAUCUUUAUCGGGAAGAAAAACCUGCUCUCCUUGUAUCUCAACGGGAGUAAUUUGGUAUCAAUAAAAAAUAAGACGUUUAAUGGGUUAAAAGCUCUCCAAGUCUUGCGACUUGAGGACAAUUUGUUAAGUGAAUUGAAUGGAUAUGAGUUCUCCGACUUGGACAAUUUAAGAGAACUCUACCUCCAAAAUAACUUAUUGAAAUAUAUCGCGAAAGAGACAUUUGUCCAUUUAAAAUUUUUACAAGUCCUCCGCAUCGAUAUGAACUUGCUGUUUGACUUUCAAAUUUGGGAAUUGAGUGGAAACGCUUAUCUCAACAGUGUCAUGUUAUCCAAUAACCCGUGGAAUUGUGAGUGCGAGUUUCUCAUCCCGUUUCGUACCUGGGUAGCCUCGAAAACCAUAAUUGCUGCAGAUUUCUCCAAUGCAAACUGUCAAACUGUGAACAAUACGAACGAACAUCAUCAUGUCGGUGGGAAAGUGUACCCUAUUCAAGUUCAAUACCCCAUUAUUUCAAUGUGCAACCACAACUCAGAAGUUAAUUUCAACUUUAACCCGAUUCAUGCACUGGAGAGUGAGAUUUUAAACAACCACAUUUCCGCUAUGGCAGGCGGAGCCGAGAAAGUUACCAUUCCUCACCCCACCGAGCGAGAGAUUCAAUUUGGUCAUAUUGACUCAAACAUUGCGAACGACUCGAUGAACACGUUUUGGUCCCUAAUGCUCAGCGUCACUGCGUUGAUUGUGUUAGUUGUUGUGAUUGUGGCGAUUUUCCGAAAAGAAAUUUAUUACUGGAUUUACAACAGCACGUCUGAAUUACGGAGUAACAGCGGCAGAGGGGUCUUUUCCCGUCUCCUCUUCUUCGUCUUUUGCUGUUGUGGGGAGAAAGUGAGAAGGAAAAAGUCCUCCUCCUCAUAUGACAACUCUGGUGGCGAAGGUGGUGGUGGUGAUGACUCCAAGCUGUUUGACGCUUACUUCAUCUACAGCAAGAACACGGCCGACGAGGACAUCGUGGUCAACAAGAUUGCUCCCGAGUUGGAAACACAAGGUCCUUACUUUCGACUCUGCUUGCACUAUAGAGAUCUCUGCCUAAGUCCGGAAAACCCGUGGAACACGGAUAUGAUUCUGAGCGCGUGUGAUGCCUCGAAAAAGGUUGUACUCGUCUUAUCCCGCACCUUUCUCCAGUCCGAACUUGCCCACUCGCAACCUUUCCGAGCAUCAAUCCAAUCUGCUAUCAAUCGACAUCAAAAGAAACUCAUUCUCAUACUCUUGCCACCCUUCACUGAGCAGAAUCUCGGCACGAUUUACCCAGAACUUAAAAAAAGCAGUAAGAGUUGCACUUUGGACUUUGGGGACCAGCGGUUCUGGUCGAAAUUGAAGAUUCUCCUUCCCACCCCAUCCAACAUUAACACUUUCUCUUCCAACACGGGGGGACGAACUGGAGGACGGAGGGGAUCUUCUUUAUUAAUCUCGGGCUCCGGUGGUCCACAAGCACCGUUGAUUGAUCUCCAGACAGGAGUAAGCUCCAACAACUCUAACGCGUCCAACACCAUGUCCAGCUACACGAUAAAUCGUCUCGACUUUCCCUACAGUAGUCAACACCAAUAUCACAGAAACAUUUUACCGUACCAGAUCCCCCUCUCGAACGACGGCACGCUUAGUCCCCCAGUACCCAAGCAUCACAUUGCUCUCACGACCCCCUUCCUCCCUCAAGGACAUCUUCAACAGCAGUACCAAUCCCAGCAGAAUUUUAGCCUGUACAAUGCCAGUCAGUACAGCAAUCCCAGUAGUCAACAUUACUUUGUGGGGAAUAAUAACCUCCAAAAUUUCACUCCCGUGCAUGGAAUUCCGGGUCGUCAUCAUCAGCACAGUAUUGGCGGUGGUACUGGUGGCGUCGUUUACCCUAUCGCCACACUUCCACUCCCUCCCACACAACAACAACAACACCACUUCUCUUUCAAUGAGAGUUUUCGACGACAUCUUCACCAGCAGCAGCAACAGCAGCAGCAACAGCAGCAGCAGAAUCAUCAAAGCAUCCCAUCAGGUUUGCAAUUUGCAAAACAGUCUUCCGGAAAUGGUGGCGGAGGAGGAGGAGGUGGAACCACCGGAUACCAACCACUUGAGCCCAAUUAUUCCUCAAGUGCUAUCUCCUCCUCGGCGGAAGAACUAGAGCACGUCUAUUCCACUUUGGACUCUCCUCUACAAUCUCCCAACGCUGCAAAUACGACCGCAACAACUUCAACCAGGAUGAAUACAAUUCCCGACCAGGUCAAGAAGACGACGCCGACGACGAUGAGCAAUAACAGCAAUGGUGAAAGUGCCAAUAAAUUAGGGAAUAGUUUUAGCACUAAGCGUAAUGGCAGCAAUAGCACUACUACGACGAGCAGUAAUUCUGGUAAUGGGCAUAAAACGGAAUUUUCCUCCAGUCAGUCUCCAUCGAAUAAUAAUGUAGGAGAAGGUCAGAAGCCCAAUCAGCCGCAGAAUAGUAAUGGGCAAAUGUAUUUUGUAUAGUUUUACAUCAAUGAACAUUUCUUAUAAAUAUUUAAAUAGGGUUGAUCACCUUUGCUACGCGUAUAUAUUAUUAUUGUAAAGAAGACUGAAAAGAAGUUCGCUCGCAUAUCUUACACAAACACCAAGCAAAUAGUUUCUUGUGUCAAGUUUAACGUACGCAUUUAUAUUGUAGGAACACGUCUUAAAAAAGAAUAAUUUAUUAUUUUUACACCUUAAACUUACAUCAUCAUCAUCCAACCAGACAGGCACUGAUGUUCGUUUAGUACAUAUGUACAUGGUUGGUUGGUAAAUAAUACACCAUCCAUAAAUAAAUCCUUGUAUAAAUAAAAGUCUUAGAAUUAUGACAUCCCUCCAAUCGAAUGACUUCUUCUCUUAGUGUGUGGCUGUUAUAGGCAAACAUUCAAAUCAAACAUGAAAAACAAACAAGGAAGCCAUCAUUUCGUAUUCAGACAUUUUUUUAGACAGUAGUCUCGAAUUGUUGUGUGCUUUAUAUUUUACUUUAACCAAUACAUACAUAUUUACCAUUUUUUUAUUGUUAUCGUGUGAAUAUAUGUGUGUAUACAUACUUACAAAUAUUAUAAAUAUGCACGACUGUACUGUAAAUAGUUGGCAGACAGAAGAAGAUGAGACCCCGUUUUAAGUAUUUAAGGUGGGCGGAGUUAAGCCAUGAUGUCCUAUUUUUGACUAGUCAAAAAACAUUUUUUUUUACACAUUUUUAUAUAUGAUAGGAUAUUAUGCAAAAAUGAUUCGUCUUACAAAUUAUAAAAUUCUUACAUAAAUAAAAAAAGUGAUACUAAAAAUUCA